AUGGUGCGCUACUUAACCACAGAUAUCUGGAUUCUAAGAUUCUUGUUUAGUCUCUUUUCUUCUGAUUGUAUAUUUAACUGGAAAGAAUUAAUUUUCAUCAUCAUGGAUGAUCAACAUCAAAUGCCAUGUUGGUAUUACGAGAAAGAAGAAUUAUAUAAAACACCAUCAUAUUAUGAUAAUAUUGAUCAUGAAACAGAGACAAGACAUCGUCGUGAAGGUGCAAGAUUUCUAUCCGCGGUCAGUACAAAAUUAAAUCUACGCUAUGAUACAUGUGCUACAGCUAUUGUAUUCUUUCAUCGGUUCUAUAUGUUUCAUUCCUUCAAAGCAUUUCCACGUUAUGUGACAGCAGCUUGUUGUCUAAUGUUAGCUGGUAAAGUGGAAGAGACACCGAAAAAAGUUCGUGAUAUUGUUAAAACAGCUAGAUCAUUAUUAUCGGAUGAAGAUUUUAAACAAUUUGGAAAUGAUCCAAGGGAAGAAGUUAUGGCCUAUGAACGUGUUUUAUUAAAGACAAUAAAAUUUGAUUUACAUGUCUCACAUCCAUAUUCAUACCUGCUACAGUAUGCUAAACGAAUAAAAGGUAAUCAAGAGAAAUUAAAGGAAUUAGUUCAAAUGUCAUGGUCAUUUAUUAAUGACAGUUUAGCAACAACCUUAUGCUUACAAUGGGAACCUGAAAUAGUCGCUUGUGCUGUCCUAUAUUUAGCUACACGUAUGAGUAAAUUUGUUAUAGAAGAUUGGGAAGGUCGUCAACCAGGUCAACGUUGGUGGGAAUGUUUUGUUGAAGGAAUGAGUACUGAAGUUAUGGAGGAUAUUUGUCAUAAAAUUUUGGAUUUAUACCCUGCGGAUGGAAAUACUAAUGACGAUCAAUUUGACAGUGCCAAUGUCACUACAAACAAUGGCAGCAGUUCUACUACAUCUUCGAGUAACCUUGUCGUCGGUAGUAGCAGUAGACAUCAUGAGCACGCUUCGUUUCAUAAUACUCUACACCAUGAUGUGAAUAAGUAUCAUGGAGUAAGUAGCAGUAGAAGUGUUGGUGGUGGCGCUGCUGGGAGUAGUAGUAGUAGCAGUAGACACCGUGGAAGUGAAGCUAUCAGAGGAGCAAGAGGCAGCGGCGGCAGUGGCGGAGAACCACCAGCAAAACGACAAGCUUUCAUGCGUUCAACAAGUGCAAGUGACUAUAUCUAUCCAACUGCUGUAUAUCCUGGCGCAUCAGCUAGUGGUACUAUCUCUUUGGGUGUAGAGAAUACUAUGCUAAAGCAUAUGUCAUAUCAUUCAUCAAUGCACUAUCGUCUACCGUCUGGAUCGAGUGUAAAUAGUAACCAUAGUAACAAUAAUUUGAAUGUGUAUAAAUAA